UUCCAGAAAAAAAAAAUUAAAAUUUGGGGUUUUUUUUCAUUAGGGUUUUCUGAAAUCGUCCGAUUCGAUUCACCAUGGAUGAUGAUGGGUUACUCGAUUGGGAGAUGCUUCAUGGGUCUGAUUCAGAAUCAACUGAUUCGAUCAUAUCUGAGAUGAGUUCGAGUGUAAUCAAUGACGGUAUGAUUCUCUCUGAUCAUUUCUCUGCUGAUAGUCUCGUAAAUAUGAGCCACAGUGAAGUUGAAUCGGGUGAUUCGAAUCCGGUAGAGGUUGGUGUUGAUUUGGGUUUGGAUGAUUGUGUUAGAAAUGAAUUAGGGAUUUAUGAUUCAAAAACUGGAACUUUGGGUGAUGGUGAGGUUAGGCUGAGUGGUUCUGAAGCUGGAAAUGAGAAGCACAUCGAGAACGAUGCUGCUGCUGAGUUAACUGGUGGAACUGUAUCUCACUACGUAUCAGAUGAUCUCGAAGUCGGUGUUGAAGAGCCUAUUGAAGAUUUGGGAAAGUCUUGGUCUGGUUCAGUGGGAAAUGAAUUGGUUUCUGGAGAUUCUGGGAUUGUGAGUGGUGAAGAUGAGAUUGUUUCUGAUAGUGGAGUUGCUUCUACUGAAGAAAUUGAGGGGAAUGUUGUAGAAGUUGGACCUGUGAGAUCUGGUGAUGAAGGUAAAAAUAGAGAGACUGUUUGGUGGAAGAUGCCAUUUGUGCUUCUCAAGUACUCUGUGUUUAAGAUUGGUCCAGUUUGGUCUGUCUCUAUGGCUGCAGCUGUGAUGGGUUUGGUUCUCUUGGGACGCAGAUUGUAUAAUAUCAAAAAGAAAGCUCAAAGGUUCCAUCUUAGAGUUACUAUUGACGAUAAGAAGGCGUCGCGUGUUAUGAGUCAGGCAGCCCGACUCAAUGAAGUGUUCACAGAGGUAAGAAGGGUCCCUGUGAUCCGCCCUGCUCUACCAUCUCCUGGUGCAUGGCCAGUUUUGAGCCUUAGAUGAGAAGCCGAUUUCUACAAUACCUUUACACAAUGGAGAAUCCAUAGUACAAUGUCUCAUUAUGCUAUGUAUCAAAAGAAUACAAAUGUGUUUCUGUCGUAACUCUAUAACUAGGUUAUUAUCUUAUGAAAUCGCUUUUGUGAGUCUCGUCCCUGCUGUGGGAGACGAACACAUAGUGAUAACUGUAGCGAUCUAUGUAUUAUGUCCAGAGAGACUGAAAAGUCCCAGUUGGUAGGUGUUUUUAUUUGUUUGAUCUAAUAAUAUCACAAGCUAUGGUAUGGUCUCA